AUGCACCUGCCAGGGUUCUCUGUAUGUCGCACCGAAGCACCGAAAAAGGCUUAUCCUGCACCCAAGAGAGGCCCGGAAAGCGCUUAUCGCAAACAGCACCCUUGUGCGAGCAUCGUGCAUGGACAGGCCCAGGUCGUCGUUCGCUGGCGUCGGCCUUGUGACAUGAUAGGCAAGAUCGCCCGCUCUUCCUCCGCGUGCAACCCUGACCAUCAACCUCGCGUACAGCUGUUGGGCGGUGUUCUAGAAACCCCCCUGGUCUCCCGCUGGUCUCUGUAUCCAAUCAUCCAGAACGCGACGUGA